AUGACCAUGAAAGAGGAACCUUUUGAAACCAUUCAGGACACUGAGGCAUCUACCAGAGUGCAACUAAAGACACUGGGAAAGAAGACUUCAGAACUCCUUCAGAACGGCAAGGACGUUGGGAUAAGUGUGUUGAAAUUUACGGGUUGCAAACACAAGCCGGUGGGAAGGGUGCGGUGGGGUACCGCUGGCCGUGGGUCCUCUGACACUGUCCCUGCCAGAUUUCUAAAGUCUGUUGUGGCCACAACGCAGCCAGGUUGUCCUUCUGUGGCAAGAGCUACCGUCGAUGAAGUGUUCCUGGGACUCAGCUCACAACAGGAAACAUAUGACAUCAAGGCUCUCAUUGGGACAGGAAGUUUCAGCAAGGUGGUCAGGGUGGAGCAGAAGACCACCAGGAAACCUUUUGCAAUAAAAGUGACAGAAACCAGAUUGAGAGAAGGCCGAGAAGCGUGUGAGGCUGAGCUCCGUGUCCUCAGAAGGGUUAACCGUCCUUACGUUGUGCAGCUCGUGGAGAUCUUUGAGGCCCAAGACCGAGUUUACCUGGUGAUGGAACUGGCGACCUGAGGGGGGCUCCUAGAGAGACUCAUUGCCCAGGGAUCCUUUACAGAGCGAGAUGCUGUCAGAAUUCUCUGCAUGGUUGCUGAUGGGAUUAGAUAUUUGCACGCUUUGCGAAUAACACACAGAGACCUAAAGCCUGAAAAUCUCUUAUACUAUCAUCCAGGUGCAGAGUCCAAAAUGUUAAUCACAGAUUUUAGGUUUGCGCACUCCGGGAACACAAAUGGCGACUGGAUGAUAAGGACACUCUCUGGAACCCCAGAGUACAUAGCCCCUGAAAUUUUGCUAAGGAAACCUUAUACAAGUACUGUGGACAUGUGGGCACUGGGUGUAAUCACCUAUGUUUUACUUAGUGGAUCUCUGCCUUUUGAUGAUGAAAUCCAUACAGAGCUUUACAGGAAGAUUCUAAAAGGCAAAUAUAAUUAUACAGGAGAGCCUUGGCCAAGUAUUUCCUAGUUGGCAAAGGACUUUAUAGACAAACUGCAUUUGGAGGAGAGUCAUCGGAUGUCAGCUGGCCAGGCCCUGGAUCAUCCCUGGGUGAUCACCAUGGCUGCAGGGACUUCAGUGAAGAAUCUCCACAGAGCCAUUUCCCGGAACCUCAUGCGGAGGAUGUCUCCCCACUCUCAAAGUCCUGGAUCUUCUCAGUAUUCUAAGUCAUGUUAUUCUCACAAAUCAAAACAUAUGUGGAGCAAAAGAAGCUGAAAGACAGCAGAAACAUCUCUAUCUGCACGUCUGUAA